AUGCGCCUCCUGGAACUUGAUACCGCGGAUACACCGCGCUUUGUCGUUACUUCGUCCCACGAUAUCCCAUUCUACGCGAUUCUGUCACACACUUGGGGAGCGGAGGAAGAGGAGGUCACAUUCAGCGAUAUCCGGCGUGGAGCUGACGACCAAAAACAGAAAGAGGGCUAUAGGAAGAUCCAAUUUUGCGCAGAACAAGCAAGGAGGGAUGGUUUUUGUUACUUCUGGGUGGACACAUGCUGUAUCAACAAGUCAGACCCUAUAGAGGUUUCCAAGGCGAUCAAUUCCAUGUUUAGGUGGUACGGCGACGCCACAAAAUGCUAUGUAUACCUCUCAGAUGUUUCGAUUCACGAUCAGGACAAUGGCAGCCCGAGUCAGCGGCUAUGGGAAACAUCAUUCCGCAAGAGCAAAUGGUUCACGCGUGGAUGGACGCUACAAGAGCUCCUCGCACCGAAGUCGGUCGAAUUCUUUUCCCGCGAGGGAGAGCGACUGGGUGAUCGCAGUGGGCUUGCGCAGGUGAUCCAUGAGAUCACUUCUAUCCCUCUUACGGCUCUCUACGGUACACCGAUGUCGCAUUUCAGCAGUGAUGAGAGGUUGCGAUGGGCCUCGAACCGUCACACCAAAGAGGCCGAAGAUAGGGCGUACUGUUUACUUGGAAUCUUUGACAUUUUCAUGCCUCUUAUCUACGGCGAGGGAGAUUAUGCAUUCACUCGGCUCCAACAGGAAAUCAAUAGACGCAAUGAAGGAGAGUCAACCGGCCCUCUAUGGAAUGUGCCUCUUAUACGCAUGGCGGAAUUUGUGGGGCGCAAGGACGAACUUCGAAGAGUCAGACAGGCACUCUUUGAAACCAGAGGCCGCCGCAUUGUUUCCAUUCUCGGCUUGGGAGGUAUAGGUAAGAGUCGAUUUGCGCUGGAAUUUACGUCCCAUAUCCAGUCCGACUACCCAUCCUACUCUAUGUUCUGGGCUCAGGCCACCACUCAACUCACUUUCGACAACGACCUGCUGGCAAUCGGCAAAAAGCUGCAGAUUCCGGGCAUCGAAGAGAAACAUGCCGACAUCAAGACACUUGUCAAGCAGCGGCUGAGUGACCCAUCCUCGGGAAAGUGGCUGCUCAUACUUGAUAACGCCGACGAUGAGCUGUUAUGGGGGAAACCUUCUAAAACCGAACCGGAAGCUUCACUGGUCGAUUAUUUGCCUACAAUGGCGGCGAAUGGAGCCAUCCUUGUUACCACCCGUACAGCACGUGUCGCAUCCUUCCUCUCGGAGAACCAGGUGGUUAAAUUACAUUCUCUGACUGAGGAGGAAUCGGUGAAGAUGUUUCUGAACAGACUGGAAGCACCCGGCUCAGCAGACCUGGAAGUAGUCUUGGCAUUGGUGCAGGCGCUGACCCAUAUGCCGCUUGCCAUUGUCCAAGCUGCCUCAUUUAUCAACAUGGCUCGAGCGUCAGUGCGAACAUAUCUCGAGCUACUGAAAGAGCCUGAGGACGCCGUCAUCCAGCUUCUCAGCGAAGACUUUGGAGACAAGUCGCGUUAUCCGGAUGCCAAGAAUCCCAUUGCUACCACAUGGCUCAUAUCCUUCGAGCAUAUCGGUCGACACCAUCCGCUUGCGAUGAAACUUCUGUCGUGUCUCGUAUGUUUUCAUCCGUCAAGCGUUCCCUCAUCGCUACUGCCAGAAGAUAGCUCAAAGCUGGACAUCGUCAAGGCUGUCGGCAUAUUGAAGGGAUAUUCGUUCGUCACUUCACGGCCAGCUAGCACCGAUACAAAAACCGCCUUUUCGGAAUUGUACGAUAUGCAUCAACUGGUUCGGUUGGCGGUUCGGAGCUGGCUACGGAGAGAUGAUUUGUUGUCUUCGUGGAACAAGGCAUGCGUAACACGGCUGGCACAGAUUUUUCCACCAGUAUCAAAUCACAUGAACACGGCCGUGUGGAGAGCAUACCUACCCCAUGCGCAGAGGCUGUGUGAUUAUGACAUGGCGGAACGCUUUCCUGAGCGGUAUGUCUUACUCGAAGCAAUAGGCUCGUGCCUGUUUGAGGAUGGGAAGUACAAGGACGCCGUGAAAGUCCACUCUACAGUUGUCCAGUGGAGGGAGCAAACCUUUGGUAACAAGGAUCAAAGGACCCUGGUAGCCUAUUCCAAUCUUGGACAAGCGCUCAACUGGCAAGGUGACUGGACCGCGGCGGAAAGAUACCUUCAAGAAGCAUAUCACGUCCAAGAGGAAACUCUUGGUGAGGAACACGCAGACACGCUAAAUAGUCUGGGCAACCUGGCCUUGACCUACUACAAUCAAGGUCGUUGGAAAGAAGCUGAGAAGCUACAAAUACGAUCUCUCGAAAUUCGGAAGAGAGUCCUUGGCAAGGAGCAUCCUGAUACAGUUAUUAGUAUGGGCAAUCUGGCGUCAGUUUACUCGAGUCAGGGUCGCUGGAAAGAAGAUGAGAAGCUCCAAGACCAGGUAAUGAAAAUAAGGAAGAAAGUCCUUGGCAAGGAGCAUCCUGUUACAAUUACUAGUAUGAGCAAUCUGGCGUCAACUUACUCGAGUCAGGGCCGCUGGAAAGAAUCCGAGAAGCUGAAUAUACAAUGUCUGGAAAUACGGAAGAGAGUCCUUGGCAAGGAGCAUCCUGAUACUAUUAUGAGUAUGAGUAAUCUGGCGUCAAUUUACAACAAGCAAGGUUACUUAAAAGAGGCUGAAGAGCUCGAAGUCAAGGCGCUAGAGAUGAGAAAACGGAUUCUUGGUCACGAGCAUCCGAAAACGCUAAUUAGCAUCGGUAUCCUUGUACGGAUAUACCUGAACCAAGACCGGUGGGACGAAGCUGAAGAACUGGGAGUACAGGUAUUGAAGGCUAGGAAGAAAGUGCUUGGUGAUGAGCAUCCUGAUACAUUGAGCAGUAUAGAGGAUCUGGCUGUUGUACUGAAACGCCAGGGGCGCGAUGAUGAAGCCAUACGGUUAAUGGCUGAAUGCCUACAAAGAAGUCUGACUGUGCUUGGCGACUUACACUUUGCCGCCCAUCGCGUCCGAGAAAUUUUGCUCGCGUGGGAAGACGCAGCAGACGAUACAGAAAGCCAAGGAGCAAAGAGCGGCCAUCGUAUGCCAGGGUCGUGGGUCGAUUGA